UAAAGGAUGCGCGGUAACGCGAGGCAGGAGCGCCCGGUCAGCCAGCUCCCGCUGUCCCUGAGGCGGAAGGAAGGGCCGGCAGCGUCACCGCCACGGCUGCGCACACGGCGCGGCGCCGGGGUGUCCCUGGGCUUUUCCCUGCUUCUCCUUCCCUUCCUCCUGCUUCUUCUCUUCCUCCUGCUCCUUCCCUCGACUCCGAUGGCGGCGAGUGACACGGAAAGGGCCCAGCAGCAGAUUGAUGAAAUUGAAGCCCUUUCAUCGAUCUAUGGUGAUGAUUGGUGCGUUGUUGAUGAAGAUGAAAAAAUCUAUUGCAUUAAGAUUAGUGACUGUCUGGAUCAACCAAAAUGGACCCUCUGUUUGCAGGUGAUUUUGCCACCAGGAUAUCCAACUGCAGAGCCACCUAUUUAUCAACUAAAUGCCCCUUGGCUUCGAGGACAAGAUUAUACAGAACUAGCAAAUAGCUUGGAAGAAAUAUAUCUACAGAACCUUGGUGAAAGUAUACUGUAUUUAUGGGUGGAGAAGAUACGAGAAGUUCUGGUAGAAAAGGCACAGUCUUCAGAUCCAGAACCAGAUAUUAAGAAAACCACUGAAGAAGUUGAUGAAGAUGAUGGAGAUGAUUUUCUCCUCGACUAUCAGCCCACUCAGGAAGAUCAAACAAAAAUGUUAAAUUACAUGACAUCUGAAAGUCAUGAAGAUGAAGAACUGCCCCCCAUACAUCAUGGAAACCCAAUCACAGAUCGAAGGAGCACUUUCCAGGCACAUUUGGCUCCAGUGGUGACAACCAGACAAGUUAAAAGAGUUCUUGAAAAAUUAUAUGAGAACAAGAAAAUUGCAAGUGCUACCCACAACAUAUAUGCAUACAGAAUAUACUGUGAAGAUAAGCAGACGUUCCUACAGGAUUGUGAAGAUGAUGGAGAGACAGCAGCAGGUGGACGUCUUCUCCAUCUUAUGCAGAUUUUGAACGUGCACAAUGUGUUGGUGGUGGUGUCCCGCUGGUAUGGAGGUAUUCUCUUGGGACCAGAUCGUUUCAAGCAUAUAAACAACUGUGCAAGAAAUGUACUUGUAGAGUACAACUAUGUACCAUCAAUGGUAUGUCUCGUCCCUCCAGAAUGGAGGCAUUUGCAUGUGAACUUGUGGGACUUCUCACUGUUAGAUGAAGCCAGAAGAAAAGUAAUACAACCUGUGUGAAUGGAUAAACAUGUCCAAAUUUUCAUAAAUCUCUGUGAACUGUGAAUACUGUUUAUAUUAAAAAUAAUUCUCGUGGGUAAACUUGGGAGAAUACUUGUGGUUUACAUUAAUA